AAUUUUAUUUUUUUAAUAUCCAGUGACUGUGCUGUGAGCUGAUGAGUGGACAGCCCAAAGAUGUCCGGCCGAGAAAAAAGAUCUGCUCGCAAACCAAAACCUGCCAGGUCCCAGUCUGCCAGAGCAGAGUUGACUUUCCCAGUAAGCCGCGUCCACAGGCUGUUCAGAAGAGGCAGGUACGCAAAGAGAACUGGCCCCGGUGCUGCAGUGUACCUGGCAGCUGUCCUGGAGUACCUCUGUGCUGAGCUUCUGGAGAUGGCAGGAAAAGCCAGCAAGGCCAACAAGAAGCGGCGCAUUACUCCACGACACAUCCUGUUGGCUGUGAAGAACGAUGACGAGUUCAGCCAGCUGCUGGCAGCAGUCACAAUCGCCGAGGGUGGUGUGCUCCCCAACAGCCAGUCAAGCCUGCUCCCAAAGGCCAAGGUGUCAAGGAAAGGUGGCUCCUCCUAAAGAUGCCCACUCCCAAGUGUUUUAACUAAAUUUAUACCCCAAACAAUAAAGUUUAUAUUUGUAUUUUUCUAAA